CUUUCGGUUCCUUCAAACAAAAAUUAAACAUUUUUUUCUUUAUUUUCCUACCAAAUGGCUAAAUGGCUAAGCGAAUCAACUGAAAUGUGGCUCAUCAACAUGGCCAGCGUUUUGCUCUUCAUCUUCGAUUACAAUUUGAUCGCACAGGUGUAUUUACCUCGAGACUUGGUCUCCACGAUUCUCGUGUUUGACUCACUCAUCUUGAUGAAUAUGAUUCGUCAAAAGUUCAUGCAAGCAUCAAGCAAUUGGUUCGCGUUCCCUAUCUGCAUUGUGUUGGUCUACUUAUGCAAUCAGUUUAUGUUUCUGUGCAUUUGGAAUCCCAUUUGUUACUUCGCGGAAUACUUCAAGGAGCACGUAUUGUCGAAUAUGCAACCGAUGACGCCGCUUAAAUACGGUUUCUAUAGCUACCACCUUAGCUAUAUUGUGCGAUCGAUCAUUAGCUUGUUGAUAACCAUAAUUAUCUUCAAGCCGCAACUUUACAAGCGCAAUAGUAUCAACAACAAGGCUCAAGCAGAUGUUCAUCCUCUUCAAUAGCUUUUUUUUAGAUUUUUUUGACGGACUUUUCACAUUACAUACUAUAUCAUAACUGCAUACUUUCCACACACUUCA